UCAGCUGCGCGCGGUUUUCUACAAACACGGAAGCGGAUCGCGGGGAGUGACGGCUGCGCCGCAGAGCGUGAGUUUCGCUCUCUCCAGAUUAAAUCUGCGUUUCGCAGUCCCCCUUCUUCCAUCUGCCGGGUCUGGAGAGGAUCCCUACAGAUCUUAAAAUGCCCGCACCGCGCCCUCCACCCCAGGGAAAGUUGACAUUCAGGGAUGUGGUCAUCGAAUUCUCUCAGGAGGAGUGGAAAUGCCUGGACCCUGCUCAGAGGGCUUUAUACAGGGACGUGAUGUUGGAGAACUACAGGAACCUGGUCUCCCUGGCAGGAAUCUCUCUUUCUGAAAUGAGUAUUAUUUCCAUGCUGGGGCAAGGGAAAGAGCCCUGGACUGUGGAGAGUGAAGUGAGAAUAACAACAACAUCAAAUGGUUGGGAACGCAUCAAAGGUGUGAACACAGAUGUCUCUCCUACACAUAUGAUCAAGAAAUCACCACCAAAAGAGAACAAUAGCACAGGAAAAGUAUUCCAAGCAGUGAUGUUGGAAAAACAUGAAAUUCGUGACAUCAAAGAUUUUUACUUCAGGGAAAUGCAGCAAAAUAUUCUUGACUUUGAGUGUCAGUGUCACAAUGAUGAAAGAAAUUACAGAGAAAUACCUGCAAUUAAAAUUAAAAACAUCACUGGAAGCAGAGAUCAAGGUGAUGGAAGGAAUGCAGGAAAUAAACCAGUUGAAAAUCAGCUUGAACUAAGUUUUUGGUCGCAUCUGGCUGAACUACAGGGAUUUCAGACUGAAAGGAAAAUUUAUGAAUGUAAUCAAAGUGAGAAGUCUGUCACCAGCGGCUCCUCAGUUUCAUUACUUCAAACAAAUCUUCCUCGUGUCAACACCAGCAUUUCUAAUAUGUAUAGGAAUGAUUUUAUGCAUCCUUCAUUACUCACACAAGACCAGAAAGCAUACAUUAGGGAAAAACCUUACAAAUGUAGUGAUUGUGGCAAGGCCUUUAAUCAGAGGUCCAACCUUACUAUACAUCAGAGAAUCCAUACUGGACAGAAACCACAUAAAUGUGAUAUAUGUGGCAAAGGUUUCAGUCAAAAUUCAUACCUUGAAAAUCAUCAGAGAAUUCACACUGGAGAGAAACCUUACAAGUGUAAUUAGUGUGGGAAAGCCUUUAGCAUGCACUCAAACUUAACUGGAGAGAGACCUUAUAAAUAUAAUGAGUGGGGCAAGGCUUUUUUUCAGAGUUCAAAAUUGUGAAACCUCACAGGAUUCAUUCUGGGGAGAAACCAAACAAAUGUAAUUAAUGUGGAAAGGCAUUUAUUCAAAAUUCAAGUCUGGUGGACCAUCAGGGAACUCACACUGGAGAGAAACCUUACAAGUGUAAUGAGUGUGGUAAAAUCUUUAUUGGGCAUUCAAGCCUAACUAACCAUCAGGUAAUUCAUACUGGAGAGAAACCUUGCAAAUGUAAUGAGUGUGGAAAGGCUUAUAUGAAGCAGUCCCACCUUAGACAUCAUAAGAGUAUUCAUACUGGAGAGAAGUCAUACAAAUGUACCAAACGCAGCAAGGCGUUUAAACAAUGGGCAGACAUCAGGAUUCACCAAAAAAUCCAUGCUGGAGAGAAACCUUACAAGUGUGAUGAGUGUGGAAAAACCUUUACCCAGGCCUCUCACCUCACUAUACAUCAGAUCAUCCAUACUGGAGAGAAACCAUAUGAAUAUGAUGUAUGUGGCAAAGUCUGCAGUCAAAAUUCACAUCUCCAAAGUCAUCGUAGGAUUCGUACUGGAGAGAAGCCUUACAAAUGUGUGUGUGGCAAGGUCUUCGGUCAAAAUUCACACGUUGUAAAUCAUGGGAGAAUUCAGACUGGAGAGAAAUCCUACAGAUGUCAUGAGUGUGGCAAAGCCUUUACUGGAGACCUACACUUCAUUAAUCAUCAGAUAGUUCACACUGGAGAGGACCUUCCAAAUGUACUGAAUGUAGCAAGGCUUUUAAGCAUGGCCCUAAACUCAGGACUCACCAAAUAGAUCAUACUUGGAAAUGCAAUGACUGUAGCAGUGUUUUAAAAGUAGUGCUCACUACUCAUUACAUAUUAGUAUCAAAUAUAUCUUGGGGCAAAGGCACAAAAAUGUAAUUUGUGUGACCAGGAUUUUAUCUGAGGAUCAGAAGUUGGGGAACAGAAUAAUUUGUACUGGGGAGAAACCUUAGAAAUCCAAUGAGCAUGGGAAAAACUUUCCUAUCAGUUCAGGUACUACAUGACAUCAGAGAGUUCAUAUUGAAGAGAAACCAUGUAAGUACAAGGUAUGUGGCAGAGGCUGUAUUCAGGCUUCACAGUGCACUGGACAUCAGAGUAUACAUCUUUUGCUGGGCGUGGUGGCUCACGCCUGUAAUCCCAGCACUUUUGGGAGGCUGAGGCGGGCGGAUCACCUGAGGUCAGGAGUUUGAAACCACCCUGGCCAACAUGGUGAAACCCUGUUUCUGUUAAUACAAAAAUUAGCUGGGCGUGGUGGUAGGUGCCUGUAAUCCCAGUUACUCAGGAUGCUGAGGCAUGAGAAUUGCUUGAACCUGGGAGACAGAAGUUGCAGUGAGCUAAGAUCGUGCCACUGCAUGCCAGCCUGGGCGACAGAGCAAGACUCCGUCUCAAAACAAAAAAAGAGUAUACAUCUUUUAGAGAAAUCACACAAAAGUAACAUGCAUGCUAAGGCUUUUUUUUUUUUUUUUUGAGACAGUCUUGCACUGUUACCCAGACUGGAGUGCACUGGUCCAAUCUCGGCUCACCACAACCUCCGCCUCCUGGAUUCCAGCAAUUCUGUCUCAGGCACCCAAGUAGCUGGGACUACAGGUGCACGCCACCACACCUGGUUAAUUUUUGUGUGUUUUAGUAGAUACGGGGUUUCACCAUAUCGGCCAGGCUGGUCUCAAACUCCUGACCUCAUGAUCCGCCUGCCUUGGCGUCCCAAACUGUUGGGAUUACAGGCGUGAACCCUUUCACCCGGCUCAUGCUAAAUCUUUUACCCAGUGGUCAAAACUGGCACAUCACAGGAUUUAUACUGGAGAGCAACCUCACAAAUGUAAUGAAAGUGGUAAGACUUUUUAUCAAAUGUCCUUGUCUUUGGGGUCAUGAGAAAAUUCAUACAGAAUCUAUUAAAAAUGUACUAAACAUGGAAAGACCUUCAAGCAACAGUGAUGUAAUGAAGGUGGUAGUUUUUUAAACCAACACCCACAACAGUCUACACAUAGAAUUCAUACCAGGAAUCACAAAGUCUCUAAUUUUCCAAAAUUAACUGGAAAUAUUACAAACUGCAGAAUAGUUCCAGGCCAAAAUAUGUUAAAUUCAUAACAUGAUGUAUACAUCGAAGGAAAAAGGGACAUGUGGAAAUGACACAUUCGUGUAUAAAAUAGUCAUUUAUGUGAAGUUUCUUGGAAAGGCUGCACUACUAUUAUUGGUUUCCAUCUGAAGUUUGAGAUCUGUCGAUUUUAUGCUUUUCUUACAGGCCUUUCAUUAUGGUCUUUCGGAAGGAAUCAAUAAAAUUAUAGAGCCUACUUCAUUAGGUGUGGUUCAUUCCUAUUCAUGCUCCCUGGAAAAACAAGAAUGUUGAAUUUUAAAAUUUAACAUUGUACGAAUUAGCGUCAGGGAGAGGUGGAGAAUAAUACAAAACUAUAAGUCGUGCUUACUGUGUUCAGGGUGCCCUUCUCCAGAGGGCCACUGGCUUAUAGGAAAGGAUUGCUGCUCUACCAGUUGACCAUGAGAUGGCAUGCCAGGACAUUAAGACACUGGGUUUUUGUUUGUUUGUUUUUUGAGAUGGAGUCUCGCUCUGUUGCCAGGCUGGAGUACAGUGGUGUGAUCUUGACUCACUGCAACCUCCAUGUCCUGGGUACAAGUGAUGCUCCUGCCUCAGCCUCCCAGGUAGCUGGGACUACAGGCUUACGCCACCACGCCCAGCUAAUUUUUGUAUUUUCCAUAGAGACAGAGUUUCACCAUGUUGGCCAGGAUGUUCUCAAUCUCUUGACCUCGUGAUCUGCCCACUUCAGCCUCCCAAAGUGCUCAGAUUACAGGCAUGAGCCACUGUGCCCGACCGACACUGGGCUUUUUAUGAGACUGAUAGAUUACUAGGACCUGAUUGUGUGGUAGAAGUAAUGUAGGGGCAAUGGCAAUCAUCUUCUUUAAAAAGCAAUAGCUGUUGUAUAUCAAUGAUUAAUGAAAAAUUAGUUAUUCUUGUAAAUUGAAGAAAGAAUGGUUAUCAUAGAGGGUAGUUCAAGUAAAAGAACCAAGACUGGGCAUGGUGGCUCACGUUCUGUAAUCCCUGCACUUUGGGAGGCCAAGGCAGACAGAUCUCUUGAGGCCAGCAGUUUGAGACCAGCCUGGCCAACAUAGCAAAACUGUCUCUACAAAACGUACAAAAAUUAGCCGGACAUGGUGGUGGAUGCCUGUAAUAUCAGCUAUUUGGGAGACUGAGGGGAGAAUCACUUGAACCCCGGGGACGGAGGUUGCGGUGAGCCGAGAUCACCACCCUGGGCAACAGAGUGAGACUGCCUCAAACAAAAACAAAACGAGACAAAAGAACUAGAAUAGCGUGUGCAUGUGUACAUAGAUGUUUCACAACUGGCAUGUUUUACUACUGUUUUAUUUAGAAUGUAUCACACAUUUUAUGCUUUAAUUAAUAAAAUGUAAUCAUAACUUUUAAUGA